CCGCAGAUCUUUCCGCAAGCAGAGAUAAGAAAAAGAAGAAAAGAGAGUUUUUUGAGAGAGAGCAUUCCAUCGAACCACUUCCCACACGCUGCCCUGUCCACACGCGUUUGGUGCCGUGCUUCUUUCGCUGGCGGAAUCCUAUACAGUGGAAUCCAGACCGAGUGGAUUCACCAAGGCCUGUAGUAUUUCGCUUUUAAGAUACCCAACUAUUUCAUUCGCCGUUGAAGUAUCAUCACAAGUAGCUUGCACCUCUCGCCAUCAGAACAGAUCAAAAUGACGAUCUGAAAUAUAUUAGAUAUGUCUCCUUUCUUCCAUCAGUUCAAGACGAUAUUUGCCCUUCUUACUAUUUGUAUGGUGUCUGUGAUUCUGUACUGCGACCGCUACGAGGGUACUUUGGGUCUGAUAAGGAACGCUUUUCCCAGCAAGCCCGUUACGUUGGUUGAUUGGAAUGGAGAGAAAUUCUGGCGACUUCAGAAUCCGCCCGCUGCGCCAGCGCCUUCUCCUGCAACUACGGUCUCUACAACCAAUACGGGCGCGACGGAGGCCUCGCCGAAGGGCCACAAGAUCCUGGUCCUGAGCACCGUCGGCCGCAGCGGCUCCUCCUUCCUCGGCGAACUCAUCGCGCAGCUCCCGGACUCACUCUACUUCUUCGAGCCGAUGAUGUACAACGCCAAAGCCACGACGGAGGGCGUGAAUGCCAGGGUCACCUGGGAUCUCCUCAAGAACAUCUUCAGUUGCAGAUUCGACCACGAUUGGCAGGUCUUUGCGCGGAGCCGCAGUCUGGUGCGCAAGAAGGGGGGGCGGCCGUGCGCAGGUUCCCGCUCAGAGGGGGCCGGCGCUUGCCUCAGGGAACUCUGCCUCAACCAGACCAACAUCGUGGUCAAGGUUAUACGGAUGCGGGUUUCGUGGCUGGCCGACCUCCUGCUGCAGUCGGGGCCGGAGCUGAAGGUCGUCCACCUGGUGAGGGACCCCAGGGCCACCUUCAGGUCCUCCAGGAUGUUCGUGCAGACGCAGAAGGACUACACAGCGCUGUGCCCGAGGAUCCUGGAGACUUUUGCAUAUGAUGCACAUAAAGAACUAUUUGUCGCGACCUCGGUCAAGUACGAGGACCUCUGCCUUGACCCCGAAGGCGUCGUCACCGACCUGUGGCGGUUCCUCUCCGGCGCGCGCAAGGCCGCCCUCCCGCCUGCGUGGGCGCUCUACCUCGCCGAGCAUACCGACGGCGCCAACAAGAAAGGCAACGCCUACAGCACGUGGAGAGACACCAGGAAGGAGGCCGAGGCGUGGAGACAAGAGAUCGGGGAGAGUCUGCUGCUGGCCGUCGAGGAGCACUGCGGCGGCGCCAUCGCCCUGCUGGGCCAUAACAAGUUCCGCUCUCUGGCGAUCGCCCGGAAUCUCUCCAUCCCCCUGCGCUGGACCAAGAAACCCUUGUACUCGCUCAUUUAAAUCCUCCAGGCGCUGCGGGGCCGAGGGCACAGAAUAGCACGAUAUUUUGUAUAAAGUUAUAUAUUCUUUUGUGAGUGUAUGUAUAGUAGUCUUAAGAAUUACCUACUAAAAGCGGUUUUGCUUUAUGUAAUUAUAUGUUUUGUUCAUCUCACCCCAUCAUGUCGUAACAUAUCAUUUUAUCGCCACGUGUAGGAAAAUAUUACUGUGUAACACUUUUGUCGAUGACUGUGUUGUGUGUAUCAUGUAAAAUAAACUGUUCAGAUUAUGCCUAAAA